AUGAACUUCGCUCCGUAUCAAGACGAAUCCCCCGAGGUCGAGAGGGCUCUCUCCCCUCCUCCCCCGUUCGCGGAUCCAUCGAAUAGCCGCUCCAAGUCCCCGUCGCAAACGCAUCAUAAUCAACCACAUCAGUCAGCCCCCCCUCCGUACCAAUCUUCCGGUGGCUAUGGAUAUCACCAGCAGCAACAGCAAGACCAGUCUGCAGCUUCAUGGACGACAGGGUUCGGAAACACCACGGACCCCGAGAGCCAGCACCACCAUUAUCAAGGAUACGGCGGACGAGCCGAUCUGGACGCGUUCGAGACCAGUUUGCCAUUGAGGCUGGAUUAUGAGGCGAUGAUUGCGUAUUUGCUGCUACCGCCGGCUGGAGGUGUGCUUUUGUUAUUGUUAGAGCAUAAGAGUGACUACGUGAGAUUCCAUGCAUGGCAGUCAAGCAUGCUGUUCAGUGCGAUUUUUGUCCUGCAUCUCGUCUUCUCCUGGUCGAGCUUCAUUUCCUGGCUGAUGUUUAUUGGCGAUCUCGCUUUGAUCGCCUUUUUGAGCCUACAUGCUUAUCGAGAUGCAAAUUCUUUCGUGGACGAUGAAUAA